AUGCAUCAUUCGAGUAGACCUACUCAGCAACUGGCAGAACUCUCAUUUUUGCCUCUGAAGUGUGGAGUAAGAGCUAAUAAGGACUCAAAGCUCAAGGGUGGCAAGGCCCCUCGGGCCCAGAUCGAGGAGACCCAACGCUCAGACCUCCAGCACUGGGAGGCUCUAGAGCCAGCCGAGAAGGCCCGGAGCCACCUGGAUGUGCCACUGGAGGAGAACGUGAACUGUCGCGUGCUGGAGGACAGCAGCGUGGAGGCGCGCACCAUAGAGAACGCCAUCGCCAUGCUCAGCGUGGUGGAGGAGGCAGCUGACCGGCAUCCCGAGUGGAAGCCUUCACAUCUCCCGAGACUCAAGCUAGAGAACCCCAACAUGAAGCUGUCACAGCUGAAGCAGCUGUUCAAGAAGGAAUGGAUGCGGUCUCCUGACAAUCCCAUGAACCAACAGGCCUUGCCCUUCAAUGCCCUAAAGUGA